AUGGCGGCGGCGGCGGCGGCGAGGCGGUGGCUGACGGGUCGGGCCCGGCCGGGACCCCCGGUCCGCGGUUGCGGGGACACGGCGGGUUGGGGCAAACGGGAGCGUUCGUACUGGCGGGCGCUGCGGCGGCGGGUGCUGGGCCCACCCGUACCGCCUUUCGCCGCUCCCUGCCAGGUGGGUGCUCCGGUGCUGCGGACCGCCGCCGCCGCCGUGACCCCGGAGCGGUUGGGUGGUCCCGAGCUACGGGAACUGGCGGCGGCGUUGGCGGCCGGGCUGCGGCGUGGGCCGUGCCUGGGGCUGAGCGCCCCGCAACUGGGCGUGCCGCUACGUGUCUUCGCCGCCGAGCUGUCCCCAGCCCGCUGCCGCCAGUACCCGCCGGCGCUGCGCCGCGCCCACCGCAUCGAGCCCUUCCCGCUCCGCCUGCUCGUCAACCCCGCGCUCCGCGUCCUCGACGCCCGCCUCGUCACCGCACCCGAGGGCUGCGCCAGCCUCCAGGGCUUCUCCGCCUACGUCCCGCGCCACUGGGCCGUCCACGUCUCCGGCGUGGACGAGCACGGGGAGCCGGUGAGCUGGGAGGCGACGGGCUGGGCCGCCCGCAUCAUCCAGCACGAGAUGGACCACCUCGACGGGAUCCUCUACAUCGACCGGAUGGACGCCCGCACCUUCACCAACGUCAGCUGGAUGGAGCUCCUGGACUGACGCCCGCCGCCCCGGCAGGCAGGUGCCCGGCCACCGGCUGCCCUGGUGCCUCGUCUCUCCGAAGCAGAGCCAUAGCGGAGCACCGGGUGUGUGCCCAGGGCUCCUCCAGCGCAGCGCUGGGCACCCAGCCUUACGCUGGUGAUGGAAGCAGCACGGAGCCACGGCCCUCGGGGGCUCCCGCUCAACUUUACUGCGGCCAAUACACACUGUGAGGACUCGGCGCGGCUCCUGGCCCUUCCUGCCUGCCUUCCCUGCCACCCCCGGGCCUGCCCGGCCCCUGCCCAGCGGCUCCCCAGGCAGGGGGAGCCAGGAGGAGCCCAGCCCUGAAUUUUUGCACCUGAAAUUAUUUUAUGGGUCUAAGAACAAGCUCUGCAACCAGGGCUGUGCUGGGCGGGGGGGGAUCCCCCUUGCAGGGGCUUGUUUGGGGCCCAGGGUUGUGGCGUGGGCAGGAGCAGAGGGCGAGUGGAGACGGACGUGCCAGAGCGGAGAUGGUGGAGGGCAGCAGGCAGGGCCCGGAGCUGGGCACAG